AUUGUAAUUACAGUAUACAGUAUGGAUCAUAUCUCCAAGGCCAACAGGACACUGUUAGUCUUGAAUGCUCUCCAAUAUAAUUUGACUCUCUACUCCCUGGUACUUCUGUUGGCAGCAGAGUCAUCCCAUGUCAGAGUUUGUCUAUGUAAUGUUUGGGUCUCAAAACUAAGGCCUGAAAAAUAUUUUUGGUCAAUUCCAAUGUUUUUUUUUUUUAAACAUUUUUUACAAUUUUACAAAUUUACAAUUUUUACAGUCUUUUGCACACUGUGAAGACAAAUGUAUAAACACAUCCAACCUUUUAUGACAAAACACAUUUAUAUUCUCCUACUGGAGCUUGAGAGGGCUAUUUGGCCACUUAUUCCUCCUUAUACCAUAUAUUUUUUCAAAAUAUUUCACUUAUUUUCAAUAUCCAGGACCUUACCUGAGACAAUUCCCUCUAUUCCACUGAGCAUACAUCUGUAUGUGUGCAUGAAGAAAACACAUUGGCAUUACAUUACAUUUUAUGCUAUCACUACCCACGUACCAUUUUUGUCCUAUGAAAAUGAUCUGAGCGUGCAUAUAGGCUUUUAAUGUUUUUGGUAUACAGAAGACAUAUUUGUCUUCCUUUGUACAAAGUUUAGUGAGGCUAGGGACAGUACUGGUCAAGAUAUUAAUUCUCAAACAUGGUUUCCCAGGUAAGGCAUUUUUAGGCUACAAAACUGAAAUCAUAUCAAGGCCUGAAAAAAUAUUAAAACAUAGGAUUUGAACAGAAAUAUUUCAUAGGCCCUGGUUUUGGGACCCAUCUAUGAUACAGUAUGGACAAGGUAUGAACAAAAUAUGAGAUCUGAUGAUGUGGAAUGACCCUGCAGAGUCCUUAAGCUGACCUACUGUUGUGCUGCUACUGUGUAUGUUUUUGCUGAGGUGUUAAUGUAGGGAUCAGUGUGUACAGUGCUGUGCCAAAGAGCUAAGAAUAGCAGCACCACCAAAUAACAUGACUACAAUGUUCUGGAUGUGUGGAUUAAAGAGAGACAGCUAGAUGAAGAUGAUGUUACAUGUGUAAAAAUGGAACUGGGACAAGAAGUUAACAGCUGGAGCCAUGUACUGUAUGUGUUGCAGAGGCAGGGUUGGUAUGUAGUCAGCUGGGUAUGUGUUCCUGUAGGGAUGCUGGAGCGUCUUUUUUUAUUUGAAGUGCGAUGUGUGUCUUUUUUUAGUACUGGAACGCAGACUACAGAUCUUGGAGUAAUCCUGAGGUAUGCAGAAAACUAUUUUGUCAUGAUAUGGGUUAGGACCAUUUACUGAGAGCCAGAAAGACACCUAAAAUCAAAUGGCGAAAAGCUCUUAGGACUUUCUUAGCCAUACUGAUGUAGCAACAUGCCUCAAGGGAUUGUAGUGUUGGUCAGUUGUCCUGUCCUUGGAAUUAUAUACUACAGAACUAUCAGUUCCUUUUAUCAAUACCAGCAUGUUUUGUGACAGUUUUGCAUUGUAAAACAAUGAUGUCAGACUCAUGCGUCUGUGCAGCUGGAAAUUUCCAAGAAGAAGGAGUAAUGGUGGAGAGGAAGAAAUGGUCCACAUCGUGGCUUCAUUUCACAAAGAAAAAUGACCGUGGUGCUACUUGUAAUGUCUGUAAAAAGCUUACCUCGUGUAAAGGUAGAAACAUUUGCAUGUUUCAUCUGCUGAAACAUGUCCACACAAUAUGAGCUUGUGGUACAGACAGCUGUCUUUGUGAUGGUGAUCUAGUUUCAUUAUCAAAACCAAAAUUUCCAUUUGUCCAAUACUUUGAUUCAUCUGAGUUGUUAGCAUGGCUGCAGACGUUUGUUUCUCUCUUGUUAACUUUGCCAAAAAACAGUCUUUCUGUGAAUCUGUACGCCAGCCAGCUAGCUAUGCUACAGCUGUGAAAGGCGCUCAUUCCUGAAGUGAUACAAGAAAAACUGCAAGGAACAAGAUGCAUUUGUGCAAAAUAAUCUAGAUGCCUUUGUGGUAAAUUGUUGCUGUGUUCCUGCCAGCAGACAGAUUAUCUUGAACCCACCUUGUGUGUGAAAAAAGAUCUGUGCUGGACAGUAGUACAGAACGUUUGUUAUGGGAGUACAUCAUAACUUAAGAGCCACCACUGGGACUGAAGUGUUCCUGUGGUGGCUGUUUUAGUGUUAUGUCACACUGGCAUGCAGCUGCCUGGUGCAGUGCAGUCGUUCUCAUGUUUGGUGUGUGUGUGCGUGCCAGAAAAUUUUGGCACAAGUUGCUUCAACAAUAAAAAUAGCAAAUACGACCUCAAGUGUCAGUAAAUAUAACCUCAAGUGUCAUCUCAUGCAUUAUGGAAUACAAAGUGCAGUCUUUUAAUAUCCUAAUGGGAUAUUAUAUUAUAUCUCAUUAUUAUUAUGUCUUGAGAACUUCAUUGUGUUUGCAACACCCUCUUUGGACUACAAAUUUCAACUGAUUCAGCAAUCAUGUCAGUUCUAAAAUGGUGCGUUAUUUACUAUUCUCUUUAAUAAAUAUCAGAUUUUUAAAUGAGGUUUGACACCAUCAUUUUCCUAAAACUGGCCCUGGGCCUACAGAUAUUUUAUGAAUACGGUCCCAGAACGUGAUGUGUUUCCAAAAGUUGCAGCUGUGUUUUGUGUGUGUGUGUGUGUGUGUGUGUGUGUGUGCGCAUGUGUACCAAGGGAGAUCCUCUCUCUUAUGCACGCAUCUAGUACAGUACGUGAGCUAUGUCACCAAGCACCCAGUGAAUGGAAACACUCAAAGCCACUGUGUCCAGCAUACGUGCAGUACUUUGUGUGAGUGUGUCAUCAUUGCUUAAACUAUAACAUAAUUUCUUUCAUUAUUAUUGUUAUUAUGUAGGGCACUGCAUCUCAACUUAGUUUUGUGUUUUGUUCUUGGUGCUUUGCCUUUAUUUGACAGUCACAGUGUAGAUGCCAAUAGGAAACAUGGAGUAUGGCUUGCAACAAAGGUCCCCCAGCUAGAACUGAAUCAAAUAUUGCAAUUACAUGGUAUGCGCCCUAAACAUUACACAACAUAUUUUUGAUAUACAUUUUUACGCCUUGGGUUUUUUGUUUUGUUUGUUGUCCAUACAUCGAUACGUCUGUCUGACCAUCCAUCCAGUUCUCAUGAAUGUGAUAUCUCAGCACUCAGUGGGAAGUUUUUCAAGUUUGGCACAAAUAUUCACUUGGACUCAAGGAUGGACUGAUUAGAAUUUGGUGGUCAAAGGUCAAGGUCAAUCACAAAACAUAUUAUUGGCCAUAACUCAAGUAUUCAUAUGCUAAUUAAACUAAACACAGAAGUCUAAUAGGAUAAAAUUAUGAAGUGAUGACAUUUUACAUCAAAACGGUCUGGCCAUUAUUUAACACCAUAACUCAGGAACAGAAGGGGAAAUUGUUGAGCACAUUUCCUGCAGCUUGACUGGUUGGCGAAGGCAUACAACCGCAAGGUAGUAAUUCUAGUUUUUACAUACUUUAAGCUGGCAUCAAAGUUAGUUUGGCAAUAAAUUAUUAUUAACUUGAAGUUAGUGCCACAAGACUCAUAUUGAAUGGUUUACAAUGUGAUGGUGUGUGUUGCAGUAGUAUUUCCAUUGCACAGUUGCCAGGGAGAAUGUACUACUGCCCUGUGAACAGCUAGAGGGGUGGCUGUAACAUUAGAGCCCUGUGGAGAUGAAAAAGUGUGACAAGCACAUGGUGUGGAAGGGUGGAGAAAUGGCUUAGUAUGGAGUUGUCAACAAAGCGUCAGCUGGGGGGCUGGAUCUUGCUCCUGACACUGGAGAUGCUUGCCUGUGUAGAAUUAAAGCAGAUAGAGACACAUCACAUAUUUCUUCUUCAGUACAUCCACAAUGGCUUGUGUGUAACUGUAACAAUGCAAUGAAAGACUCUAGUGAAGAUUUCAAGUUGACAAAUUAAGCCAAUUAAUGAUUUAAUAAGAGACCCAGUUUGACAUAGAACAUGCACAGCACUUUCAACAGAGGGUUGAGGGGUUCACCCUAAAACUGCACAAUUCAAGAUCACUGCAAAAGUUUUCUGCCUAAAAUGUCUUUGAGCAAGAGCCAGUAUCUUUGCCAUUUGUGAUCUAUUUUUUGUAACAGACCCUGAUGAUGACCUCUGACCUCCUUGCAGGAGCACGACAAAAGAUGAUGCUCCCCAGGAGAAUUCAGUUGUUAUUAUUCUGAGUAUGAGUGACAGACCCUAUCCUGUGUUCAUUUUUUUUCAGAAUGGCAACUUUAUUGCAAUUAUUUGUGUAACCAAAUAAGUGCCUGCCCUGAUACCAUCUUCUCCUGAUGUGUAGAAAUUGUGGAUCUAUUUGCUACAGUUCUGUAGUUUUCUGUUGGUUCACUGUGGGCUGGUCUCAGUCCCCCUCCAUAACAGGCCAUGGAGACUCUGACGUUAGAUGCCAACACUCCUUAUAAGCACCUGUCCUUUCACGUCACGCUAUGCCCCCAAUAUGAAAAGCGUGUGAUUGUUUUCCGAAUGAGACAGUGUGCGUAGAUAGUACACUGGCACUAUAUAGCCCCCAUGGACCUUCUUUUCUCCAUUCAACUGUAAGCAAGUGUUGGUAGGACUCUGCGCUCAGGGAGCUUCUGACUGCAUACCACGGGAUAGUGGAGGUUUGUCGCACCUCUCCAAUUAUAACAUGGAGGCAUCAUCUUGUGCCCAGGAAGUUAUUAACCACACAGCAUCACUGAUGAUGAGUCUGAACCUCCAAAGAGAACAAGCUCAGUUCUGUGACUGUGUGGUCAGACAGAGAGAGAGCCCAGGUCAGCUCUACCCUGCACACAGGUGUGUCCUGGCAGCUUCCAGUCCAGUGCUGGCAUCUAUCUUGUCCUCUACUGGUGCUCUGGUGGAACUGCAGGCACCGUGUUUGGCUGGCUCUGUGCUGGCACUUGUUUUGGACUACAUUUAUACAGGGACUUUGCCGUACGCUCGCACCCAGCAAGAUUAUUACAGUCUGCUCACUGCCGCCUGCUACCUGCAGAUGGAUGAACUGCAUGAGGCUCUCAGGGCUUGGCAACAGACUGAGGCAAAUGAUGCAGAUAAGACAAAUGGAUCCACUGGAACUGAGAAUCAGCCAUAUAAAGAUAUUAUCACUACCCAUUGUAUAACUGCAAAUUCCUAUAGUAAGUAUCUACCUUUAAUGUGCAGUAUUGAUGCAUUUCGAAGAUGUGAUGAAACAGACACUUGCAGUGUGCAAAGUACUGCAAGUUCACCAGAGAGAGAGGAUCAUCAAUAUUCAGCCAAUGUAGAAACAAAUGAUGAAGCUCAGAUGCACUCAUCCAGUUCCGAUUCUUGUAUUAAAGGCAGAGAAACAGAUGGAUGUGGAGCUAGCAGUGUAAAUGGUGCAAACGGCUAUUGUGGAAAGGAUGUAAGCACUUUAAGCAAUGACAGCACCCACUGUAGUAUAUCUGAGCACUGCACAGAAACUGGUGUAAAUACAGGCAACUGCAAACAAGUAACUUAUCUGACAGGUCAGGAUUUUAUUCAAAAUAUCCCCUGCACUGCUGAAGGGCAUGGAAUGUCUAGAGCAGACAAAGAGGUGCAGAUGGAUCAGUUUCACUCAGCUGGCACCGUAAAACCAGAGACUUGGCAGAAGAGCACAGAAGAGGAGCUAGCGAGGACAGUCGGGAACAGGAGGAACUCCUCAUCCUGUUCCUCAUCACCACAUCCAUGCUCUGGGGCAGUGCCCGUCAUCCGUCACAGUAAUGGAGCGGCUAUGCUCCAGCUGGCAGAAGUGUCUCCAGUGCAUCCUUACCAUCCAGUAUCCCAGGCCACAGACAAUUUCAAUAGGGCCCCUGUCUCACGAUCAGAAAGCACAGACAAUGACAGCAAUCACUACAAGGUACAGAAUCUGCAUUACAAACACAAAAAAGACCACACUGGAACACAGGGCCAGGAUUACCAGAAUAGUUCAGAUCAAUGUGCAAUACUGGAUUUAUGUUACAAAUCUAGUACAGAUCAGUCUGACAUGCUAGAGGAUCACAACAGCAGCAAUUCAGAUUAUUUUAGUAAACAGAAUAAUGGACACAUGGACAAUGGAUUAUCCCACAUUACGGAUCAUAAUGAUCACCAUGCUCAUUGUGAUUCAUUUCAGAGUAAGACUCACACAAAACAUCAUAGAGGUGAUUCACUACCACAGAAUAAGGUUUGCAACAAUUUGAUCAGGGCAUUGAAGUAUAAAACUGAGUUCAGUUUUGAUGAUAUGCCCUCUAAACAUCAGCGACUGAACUUGUCUGACUGCCAUGAUGUUUCAAAAUCAGCUGCAGCAGAGGAGCUCUCACAACAUCAGAGAGCUGUAGUUCCAAUUCCUCUGGAGGACUUGGACACAGGAAGUGACUCUCACUGUGAAGAUUUAUGUCAUGAGGGAGAUACCAAAGAGGAACACAGUUACUCCGGUGGGUGUCCAGCAGAAAUGAAUAGGCAGGACUUCCACUCUGAGCCCUUUGGACCUAAGACAGAUUGGUCCCCAAAACUGCAUAGAGCGGAGAAAAACACACGAGACACUACCUUAAGUCGGCAUGAACAUGAACAUGAACAUGACAACAGAGACAUGGCUAUGGAAAACAAAAGACACAUUGCUGAUGUUGGGCUGCCUGUCUAUCCUACACCAGAAUCAAGUUUGGAUAAUGCCCCCUUCACCUUUGAACGACGCACCUCUCUGGAACUUGAAAAGAUGUCAGACACUAAAAUCACAGAACCACAGUCUGUGAACAACAUCACGUCUGAACCCAAUGUGGGGCAGUCAUACCAUGGACAUCUUCAUUAUCACUGUCUACCACAGGAGGAUGCACAUGUAUUGCAUGGAGACUCCCACCCUAGCCAACCUGAUUAUUCAGACCAGUCCAGUGAUGAGGAGGAGGCUGGGACCUUUGCCAGUCCAGGUUGCACUUCUCUGAGGCAGCACUUUGUCACAGGGACAACAGACCACAUUCUCCUACUUGAUAUUAGCGCCAAACCUGCUGAGUUGCUUGUGUCCUACAAAAACAGAUGUGACAGAGAAGAGAAAGGCUUCACAUUGUGCAAAAAUUACACAUUUGAGACUGGAAUCAGGAAUAAUGACAAACAGCUAAGGAAUGAGGCAACAUCUGCAGCCGGGGCUGAGAGUUUUGAUGAGACUAAAUCUUGGGUUGGAGAGACAAACCUUGAAGAAAGUAAAUCUAUUGUUAAAGACCAAAGCAUGCCAGGAACUGACAACAUACAUAAAUCUGGGGUUGUGGAGGAGGUUUCCAACCCUAAAGAGGGUGAGAAUCAAAAGAGUACCUUGACAGUCUGUUCAGUUCCUAGUGUGCCAGACUCUGUACAAGCCUCCAUGUCAUCUACCUUGUCUGUCUUCAUACCCUCUACCCUUUCAGCCAGCGUGCCAACAAAUAUAUCAGCUCAUCUGUCAACUCCUCUCCACCACCCUUUCCAGUGUUCUCUGUGUGACCGUUCCUUCAGCCAGCGAGGCUCUCUGAAUAGACAUGUGCGGAGCCACCUUGGCGUGCGGCCCUUCCCCUGCCCCCGCUGCCCCAUGACCUUUUCACGUCAGUACCGUGUCACCGAGCACAUGCGUGUUCACCAGCGAUGCACCAUUGGUAACGACUUCCACAAGCCGCCUGCCUCCUCAGUUUGAGACAACGAGGAAACAUCACAAACGUGAAAUCUGUUGUUCUGUCACUGAAGGACGGAAUUCAAAUAUUUUGGUUUGUUUUCAAUAGUUCUCGGAUAUAAGAACUUUACUCCUUUUGUCUUCUACUACACUGAAAAUGGAGGAGAACAAGGGCAUUUUUGAGCACAAUUUCUGAGACUAAUUUCAGAAUUCAUGGGUAUCUGGAGGCCAAUAAUGGGAGUUGAUCCUGAAAAUACAGCAGUGGAAUAUUUCAUAUGCCAAUGGGGUCAAUCAUAGCGAUGACCCCACAGAAGAUUGUUCCCCGACUCUUUUACAGUCCACAGCUUUACAAAGUUAGCAACUAGGUGCUAAACAUGGUGCAGCGCUUAGCAGCAAAAGAGCCAUUUAAUAUGCUUAAAGUGGCUAUAGUGAAUAUUUUUAGAAUAUGUAAUAACAAUGUAUCAAAUUACUAUGUAAAAAAACGUGACAAAGUAAAAUGGGUUGCUCCAUCUGCAGCUUUACAGAGCUUUAUGGUGAAUUUCAUUGUUUAGGAGGCCAGGCCCACAACUGUUUUGGUUCACUCCAACCACACUUAUAGCUCUAAAGACCCACUGUACACUACCUGCUCGGCUCUAAAGACACAGUUAUUAGCUUCUGAACAAAGAGGAGCAUGAAGCAAUGCUGUUUCUACCUACAUUAGCAUGUUAACAGAAUGUUGGUGACUAGUUCGUUGGCAGAUUUACACUGACUCCAUUCCAUUAAGUGCUAAAGAGCACCUGCAUCCAGUAGGCUCUACAAUGUAAUUAAUCAUGAGGACAGUCUAUAGAUUGUGUUGUCACUGGCAGCUGACUAUUGCAAAUCCUUAACCAGAGCUUUUCACAUUUCAGAACUACAACAAAGAUGAUAUUACUGACAGACCAGGUAAUGUGAACACUGUUUUGUCCUGAGGUGUUGAAUUUUGAAGGUACUGGCAUUGUCAUGGUGCUGUUUCACCACAGUGCACAAUACAAAUGAUAUAAAUAACACUUUAAAGAAUUAUGCAUCAGAUUGCUUACUCCUGUCUCGCUCUUGAGUUUACACAGUUCAUCUUAAACAGUUAUAAGGAUUUUGUUGCCUUUCACAGAUCAUUAAUGUGACUCAUAUUCUCUGUUUAGACUGUGUAGUAUGUCAAACUGUACAUGUAAGUGCUGUUAAUGGCAAAUGUAAUUGUCAAAUAAUAAAAACAAUUCUCAUUCCUUA